AUGACCACAACACCUCAAAAAGUGGUUCCUAAACCGCCACCGAUGGCAAUGCCAGAAAAGGCAUCUCCUCCUCCAUUAUUGUCAUCGAAAUCGAACUUGUUCGAAAAACUAUCAAGUUUCAAAUCUAAUCUUCAAUCAAAGUCACUCACGUCACGGAAUGAUCUCCAAGAGUUGCCACAGGUGCCACAAGAAGAGGACGAAGAAGAUGGUUUUCUGAAUGAUAUUAUUUUGUCCACUCCCAGCAGUGGAAGUAAGCAUCAUCAGCAUCAUGUACAUUUCAAUGGGCCGACCAUUCCUUAUUUACCCAAUUCUCAUUUGCCGCCUGUAUCACCCAUUUCUUCCAAGACCAAUAAUUGGAUAGAGUUGAAAAUCAAAAUGGAUGAAAUGGCCAACUCUGGUACCUCUCAGAGCCAUGCGACAGAGAUGUUUUUGGCAGCUCAAGAAGGAGAUAUCGAACUACUGAAAUCCCUAAUAGAUGUGAAAAAAGUGAAUGUUAAUGCAAAGGAUAAGGAAGGAUAUGGCCAAACAGCAUUGCAUUAUGGAUGUUGGUUUGGAAAUCUAAAAGUGGUCGAAUUGUUGAUCUCAAGAAAAGCAGAUAUUAAUGCUGUCAAUGAUUAUAAUCAAACACCUCUUCACGAAGCAACCUUUCGAGGGCAACUUGGUAUUGUCAAACUUUUGCUAAAAAACGGAGCGGACAAGAAUGUGACUGAUCAUGUUGGGGAAAAGGCGCUUGAUUAUGCCAAGAGAAAGAAGAAUGAGGCCACAAAUUUCACAACGGAGAAUGUCUACAAGGAAAUUAUCAAAACAAUUGAGAGCUAUACGGCUGAUGAGGGCUUGGUAUCUCGUCCGAAAACAUCUACAUGUUGUUGUUUUCAAUAG